AGUUCCUCCUAGAGAGUCUGGAAGUGGGUGCCUUGCAGGGAGUGAGUGGGGCAGCCGAAAUGAAGAGAGACAGGAGGGCCCCAAUUUAGUGCAGCCCCGUUUUCUGUCCAGAGAGAGGAGCAUCAUUUCCCCCACCGACCCUCCAGCUGAAGGAAGGAGACCCCCCAGGACUUGCGGAGGGGCUAAACUGGUUGUGGUACUCCCCCCAGCAGUUCUCCCUGCAUUGCCUACAGGCAGAAUCUGUCAGAAAGGGAUCUUGUGGCCAUGCUGGAACCUGACUUGAAUUAUAUUCCAAAUAAGGAGGGGCAAACCUUGGCAGGUCUUCAGGCAGGAAGAAGUCCCAGCACCCUCCCUCCUGUGAGAAAUGGGGGAUUGAUGAAGGGAACUGUGGAGCACAUUCAGGACGAGUCCUCUCACAGCUCAGGCAGACGAUGCCAGUGUUUCAGGCAGUUCUGCUACGAAGAAGCCGAGGGCCCCCGAGAAGCUUGCUCCCGACUCCAUGAUCUUUGCCGUCAGUGGUUGAAGCCCGAACAGAACACAAAAGCUCAGAUCCUGGACCUGGUCAUCCUGGAGAAGCUCCUGACCAUCCUUCCCUCCGAGAUAUCCAGCUGGGUGAGAGACUGUGGAGCAGAAACGAGUUUCCAGGCGGUGGCCCUGGCCGAAGGCUUUCUUCUGAGACAGCAGGAAGAGCGGCAGGACUUGUCUGCAGAGGAGACCAUUGACACUUGGAAACUACGGAAGGCCGCACAUGACACCACAGAGAAGCCACUGUCCAGGCGGAUCGUGUUGGAAGAAGACGGAGGUGGCACUUCACUGGGAGAUGGACCUCAAAUGCCGGCACAACUUAGCCGUACGUCUCUUCUUUGCUGUUCAACAGGAGAAGUUUCUGUGCAACUGGCUCAGGUGACCUUUGAGGAGCUGGCUGUGCAUUUCACCAAGGGGGAGUGGGCCCAGCUGGAUUGGGACCAGCGAUCCUUGCACAGGGAAGUCAUGCUAGAGAAUUAUGGGAUGGUGGCCUCUCUCGGCGGUGAUGAAUGGGAGAAUAAAAAUGAAGGAACACUGUACAAAGUGCUGCUGGAAAGGCCGAGAUCUAAAGAGAGGGGAGAGCGGAAUGAAAAAAUAUGUGUUGAAGAGAAAAGGAAGAAGACAUCACCUGCUUUUCCAGCUGGUGAGGCCAUUGAAAUUCCAGGACAAGAAAAAAUAGAUCAAGACAGAGGAGGCCUUGCAGGUGGAGAACAGAUUGAGUGGCAAUCCGGUCUUCGUGCUCACGACCACAAAGAGGAAAUAACACAUAAAUGCCAGUGGAAGGGAGAAAACAUUCAGUGGGAUACACAGCCCAGAAGCCAUGGCAAAAUCAUAGGUGAGCAACUGGUUAAAUGCCUGGAAGGUGAAAAGAGCUUCGGUCAGAAAGCACAUCUCAAGAGUCACCAAACUCUUCACACGUGGGAAAAACAGUAUAAAUGCCUCGAGUGUGGAAAGAGUUUCAGCCAGAAGAAAAAGCUCACUGCCCAUCAGAAAACUCACACAGGAGGAAAACCAUAUAAAUGUCCAGAGUGCGGGAAGAUGUUCAGUCAGCAAUCGUAUCUCAAGAGACACCAAAUGAUGCACGCACGAGAGAAUCCAUAUAAAUGUCUGGAGUGUGGGAAAAGCUUCAUACGGAGCUCAGUCCUCACGAAACAUCAAAUUAUUCAUACAGGUGAAAAACCAUAUAAAUGCCAGGAGUGUGGAAGAAGCUUUACUGAGAAGGGAAACCUAAGGAUACAUCAGAGGAAGCACACAGGAGAACAGCCAUAUACGUGCCCGCAGUGUGGGAAGAGGUUUAGUCAGAAACAAAACCUUAAUGUUCAUCGAAGGAUCCACACAGGAGAGAAACCGUAUAAAUGCCUGGUGUGUGAAAUGAGCUUCUCUUACCGAACAAUCCUCACGAAACAUCAAAUUAUUCAUACAGGUGAAAAACCAUAUAAAUGCCAGGAGUGUGGAAGAAGCUUUACUGAGAAGGGAGCCCUUAUGAGCCAUAAGAGAGUCCACACAGGAGAGAAACCUUAUCAAUGUCAGGAAUGUGGAAAAUGUUUUGCUCAGAAAUCAGAACUUGUCAGGCAUCAGAAGGUUCACACAGGAGAGAAACCCUACAAAUGCCAGGAAUGUGGGAAGUGUUUUUCUGAUAAAUCAAAUCUUGACCAGCAUCAGAGAGUGCACACAGGAGAAAAGCCCUACAGAUGUCAGGAGUGUGGCAAAUGUUUUGCUCGGAGGUCGCACCUUGUGACACAUCACAAAGUCCACACAGGAGAGAAACCCUUCAAAUGCCAGCAGUGUGGGAAAUGCUUUCCUUGCAAUCCGCAACUUCUUACACACCAGAGAGUACACACAGGAGAGAAACCCUACAAAUGCCAGGAAUGUGGGAAAAUCUUCAACUGUAAUGCAAGCCUUGCUCUCCAUGAAAGAAUACACACAGAGGGGAAAAAUUUUGAAUGCGGCGAAUGUGGAAAAACCUUCAGGUUGAAGAAAUGCCUGAUUUCUCAUCAAAGAAUUCAUACUGGGGAGAAGCCGUUUCAGUGCUUUGAUUGUGGGAAGAGCUUCAUUCGUUCCUCACAUCUUACGAGCCACCAAAGAAUCCACACGGGGGAGAAACCCUUUCCGUGCCUAGAGUGCGGGAAAAGGUUUGCCCGGCAUGAUUAUCUCACUCUCCAUAAAAAAGCGCACACAAGCGAGCAACCAUUCAAAUCUGACUCCUUUACUUGCUUGGACUGUGGGAAGCGCUUCAAUUGGAGGUCACAACUGAUAGCACACCAAAGAAUUCAUACGGGAGAGAAGCCAUUUAAGUGUUCAGAGUGUGGAAAGAGCUUCAGUCAGAGCUCAUACCUGAUGAUGCAUAAAAGAAUUCAUCGAGGGGAAAAGCCGUUCAAGUGCUUAGAAUGCGGGAAAGGCUUCUAUUACAGCUCAAAACUAAUGUACCACCAAAGAACCCACACCGGUCUGAAACCGUUUCCAUGCUUGGAGUGUGGAAAGAGCUUUAGUCAAAACUCAACUCUUACGUCACACCAAAGAAUCCACACUGGCGAGAAGCCGUAUUCGUGCCUGGAGUGUGGAAAGAGCUUCACCAUGAAAAAAGGUCUGAUAUGCCAUCAAAGAAGCCACACUGAGGAGAAACCAUACAGUUGCUUGGUAUGUGGAAAGAGUUUCCGUCAGAAGGCACACCUGAAGUCCCACCAAAUCGUUCAUAUGGAGGAGACACCGUAUAAAUGCCUGGAGUGUGGUAAAAGCUUCAGUCGGAGCUCCAUCCUCACUAGACACCAAGUUGUUCACAGAGGCGAACAGAUAUACAAAUGCCAAGAGUGCGAGAAAUGUUUUACCAAGAAGAGAAGCCUAACAAUGCAUCGAAGGAAACACUCGGCUUGCGGAAGUAGCUUUGGUCCAAGUUCACACCCAGUAACUCGUACAGGAGAGAAAUCAUUUCAGUGUUUGGAAUGUGGGAAAAAUUUCAGUCGGAAGAUCCACCUCACUAACCAUCAAGCGGUGCACACGGGAGAAAGACCAUUUCAGUGCCCCGAGUGUGGGAAAAGCUUCAGUCGGUCCUCACAACUGAUAACUCACAGGCGAAUUCACACUGGGGAGAAGCCGUAUCAAUGCUUGGAGUGCGGAAAGAGUUUUAGUCAUCCCUCACACUUUAGGAGCCACCAAAGAAUCCACACAGGGGAGAAACCAUUUUCAUGCUUGGUGUGUGGAAAAAGUUUUGCUCGGAAGGAUUAUCUUACUUUGCAUCAAAGAAUCCACACAGGGGAGAAACCAUUUCGGUGCAUGGAGUGCGGAAACAGAUUUAUUAGGAAAGAGAACCUUAUUUCCCAUCAAAUGAUGCAUAAGAUGGUGGGAGAGAUUGUUUAAAAGUGUGAAAUGAGAGCAGAGUUUCACAGAGGGCUGAGCUGAUGUCCAGGAAUUCACACGAGUUAGGAUACCCAUCUAACUAAUAAGAAUGAGUUUUUUGUCAGUAAGAAAAUUGGAAGAGAUUUUUUUAAACUGAGAAUUCAUUCUUGCUUUACAGAAAAUGUUCAGAUUGUUCACCUCUUAAAAUGACACUAGCUUCUGAGAAAUGGCUAGUCAGGUGGAGCUGAAAAUAAUUUGAUAGUAGAUAACAUUUUCGAUUUGGAAGCAGCUCAGAAUUAAUGUGUAUAUUGAAUGGAAGCAAACAAGUUCACAAAUCAUUUUGAGGUAAUAUAUAUCAGCUGGAAUCCUACUGGUGUUCAUGUAACUUUUAUGUAGCUUGUUGUCGCUAAUCAGCAAGGUGCAGGACUGUGUCAGUCAAAUACGUGGUCAAAAGUUCUGACACUUUGUGAAUUAGCAGCAAUUAGCUGUGGUAAAUUAAGCAUGGGAACACCGAUAGGAUUCUAGACAGUAACAGCUGACAGUAACAGCUGUCAGUAAUUGGUUGGCAAUAUGGUCUGUGUAAUUUCUGAGGAAAAAGCCGUCUGUAGUUAUGCCUGCAGAAGACAGGCAGAUGACGUGGCUUUCAGUGGUUUCUGGCAAUUAAUGAGUCUCCACUUGGAUUUUUGAGCAUGCGGCAACCCACUAGACUGGCACAUGCCCAGAAGUCCAAGCAGUGAUGUGUCAAUUGCUGUUGAGA